CUCCUCUUGCUGCAGACACACACUCUCUCACACACAGUGAAAAGCUCCACCGCCAAGACUCCUGCAGUAUAGUAGCAACACGGUAGGAGCUUCUGUAAGCAGUUAUCAGAGCUGUAGAAAGCGGGGUCCCUCAGGAACCUGAAGCGCUCCAGACAAUGUUGGACUAUCUCGUCAUGAAUUGCAAUUCUGGGCUUUUCUGAGAGGAUUUAGCAAUGCUGCGCUCAGAGCAACUCUGAACUCUUCUCACUUGCAGACGUUUUGCUUUUGCAUGCUUUCACGUGAAAUGCACAGACGCUGGUAGUUUUUGCAAAGCCGGCUGUCUUAGAGUUCCUCCAAACUAAGACUAUUUUAUUAGCAGGGGGGAAAAACUGAUCUGCGAUUUGGAGCAACUGAAAAUAUGGAUGGAUCUUAUUUCUUGAGCUGAGAUUUUGCACCCUGGACCACUGGGAGUAGCGGCAGAGAGAGCAGGCUGCAUGUUCACGGACUGUGCGCUCUGGGACUUUUGGCAACCAUCAGCGCGUCAGGCAACGUAAAGAGGGAGCCGUGCGUAAAAAUAACACACAUCGCCAGCUGCUGACAUUCAAAACUUGGAUUUUGUUCAUUCAUUCCAUGCUAUUCUCUCCACGGCUACUGUCAUCCGAAGUGAGGACAGUUCGCCGUGUCUUCCAAUCCCUCAGCGGUAACCAUGACAACCUAAAGAAACCCAAAGUGAAUUCAAGGAGCGGGUGAGGCAGAUGAGAGUGUGAAUAGAAGGCUUUCCCAAUUUUUGGGGGCUGCUGUGGCGCAAAUUUUGCAAUUAUUUUCAUAUAAUCCAAACUCUCUGUUAAAAGUCCCUGCCUCUAGCUUUGGACUGAACUUAUGACGCCUUGCCUUACAGACAGCACAGCCAUUCUGAGAAGAACUGAAUAAUUGCUUUGCUGCACCCACCCUGACAGAGAAGAGCCGGUGCGCGUAUUAAGGAGGAAUAAUGGGCUUCUCGCAAACGCUCCUGGUUUACGCGCUGGUGUGCGUCCAUCUCGGAGUUUCUCAGCCUUUCUUUCGGCUCCGUCCGCAGCCCAGCGAUAACCUCCCCGUCCCGGAUCUCAAGGAGGAUCCCGAUCCGGAGUACGACCCCCGGGAGCAGGACUUGGCCGAAAAGCCUCUAAGGAGAAAGCUCGGCAGCCACUUUGACCCUAACUUCAUGUCCAUCAGCGCACCGCAGCCGGUGAACCUCUCCACCUCGGACGCCCAGUGGAAGCCACCGGGCCACAUGCCCAACGAGAUUAAAAAGCUGGACCUCACGGAGACCCCUUACGGGAAACGAUUAAAAGUGGGUAAGAAAGCGCGAAGGAAAUUCCUGCAGCUUCUCUGGACAUACACAUACUGCCCUGUGGUGUACACUUGGAAGGACCUGGGCGUGAGGUUCUGGCCGCGCUACAUCAAGGAGGGGAACUGCUCUUCGGAGCGCUCAUGCUCCUUCCCUGAGGGGAUGUCCUGCAAAGCUGUUAAGUCCAUCAGCAAGACUUUCCUGCGGUGGUAUUGCCAAGGCUUUCUAAGACAAAAAUACUGUACGUGGAUACCGGUGCAAUACCCAAUCAUCUCAGAGUGCAAGUGUAUGUGCUGAGUUUACUCCAAUGAAGUGGACUGGAACUACAGUUUGAAUUGCACUGUUAACUCUCUACAGAGGUGGGCACCAUAGCAGAUCUAUUUUUUUAUAUGGCAUUUAAGUGAAAUACCUACAUUGUACAUAUCUAAGGGAAAAAAUGCAGCUAUUUUUUUUUUUUUAUUGAACUUGGACCAUAUUCAAACAUUGUUUAUUUUUUCCUCCUCCCGGAGCACUUCAUGAGGAAGAGCUUUUUUAUAUAAAUAUAUUUUUAUGAGACAUUGAUGAAGGAAUUCAUAAUAUGCUACACUUCUCCAAGAGGUGACCUUUUUUUUCCUCCAACUGAACAAUGAUGCUGUCUGUUAUUUCACUGCAAUGCUGCCAAGAGUUUUUGUAUAAUAUUAAUAUCAAUAAUUAUUAAACUGUAAAAAGUUGAGGUUAAAUAUAUAUAUAUAUAUA